AUGGUAUCCUCAACCAGAGUGAGUUUUGAAUUUUUUCUCAAGAAUAUCCUACGCCAUUUCUCGUUUGUUGAGAAUGGAGCUUUCAGGAGGGCUGCUUAUUGCAAUUAUUCUACAAAUGUUAAUGAUAGCGCAGUUACAAUUGGAACGGAAUCGCAUGUAGAGACUAGGAAGGAUAAAAUGCCCGUUUAUUAUACACCGAAGGGGGCUGGGAAAAAAGCUUAUAGCCUAGUGGAACAUAAAAACGGAGAGCAAAUCGCCAAUUACGUGUUGUUCGAAGAUUCUAUAAACCAAGCCACUGUUGCUUGGAAUGAUUAUAAUCAGUUGACGAGUGAGGAGAGAGACAUAUAUAUGAUACAUCUACAAGCUGUUGAAGAGCGUAAGCUGACUUAUAUAGAUCCAAAGACGAAGUAUACCGUCUUCACCAUAAGUCACCAUCUUCAAAAAGCUAAAUGUUGCGGUAGUGGUUGUAGACAUUGUCCCUAUGAAAUGGUUAAUGCCCCUGAGAAAGUUAGGAAAACGAAAGUGUGGAAUGGCGCAUUCUAUGUUUAG